UUAGUUUGGAAAAACGUCCGAUCUUACAUAUUAACAAAAAUCAAAGGCCCAGCCUUCCACGAGUAGGAGCUCAACAAGCCCAUUUCAUCUUCAAUCAUUCCUUACAAAAAGAAUAAAAAUUUCUACCGCCAAAAAUUAAAGUAUGAUUAAUUUGUAAUAAAGCUUAGUUUUCAGCUAAAAAUUUGCUAUCCCACUUAAAAACCCAAAGAAACUCAAAAACACACUCAACUCAACAAUGGAGUCAACAACGAAGAUCACCAUUCUUCACAACGCAUUGAUCGUAACCAUGGAUUCCGAGCUCCGAGUUUUCGAAAAUGGCGCCAUUGUCUUCGACGGCGAUAAAAUCACCGACAUCGGAAAAUCCGACAAUAUUCUCCGCCGCCACCGUGCUUCCGACGUCACUCUCCACGACCUGAACGGCCAAUUCGUUCUCCCGGGGUUUGUGAACACGCAUGUUCAUACAUCGCAGCAGCUAGGAAGAGGGAUUGCAGAUGAUGUUGAUUUGAUUACUUGGUUGCACGGUCGAAUUUGGCCUUAUGAGUCUCAUAUGACUGAGGAAGAUUCAUUCAUUUCUACUUUGCUUUGUGGAAUUGAGCUCAUUCACUCUGGGGUGACUUGUUUUGCAGAAGCAGGGGGCCAGUAUGUCUCUGGAAUGGCUAAAGCAGUAGAGUUGCUUGGCUUGCGUGCAUGUUUAACUAAAUCAAUUAUGGAUUUUGGUGAGGGUCUGCCAGAUUUGUGGAGUUCUCAAACUACUGAUCAAUGUAUUCAGUCUCAGAAAGAACUCUAUGAGAAGCACCAUGAUACUGCUGAGGGACGGAUCAGGGUAUGGCUUGGAAUUCGACAAAUUUUGAACUCAACUGAUCGCUUGCUCUUGGAGACCCGGGAUCUGGCUAGGGAAUUGAACACUGGAAUUCACAUGCAUAUUGCUGAGAUUUCAUAUGAGAAUCAAUUUGUCGUUGACUCAAGAAAAGUUGAUCACGGAACAGUGACUCAUUUGAAGAAGAUAGACUUCCUCCAAAGUAAUCUACUGGCAGCUCACUGUGUUUGGGUCAAUGAUAAUGAGAUCGGUUAUCUCUCAAGGGCUGGGGUGAAAGUAUCUCAUUGUCCAGCUGCAGCAAUGCGGAUGCUUGGAUUUGCACCUGUUAGGAAAAUGAUUGAUGCUGGAGUUUGUGUCUCUCUUGGAACGGAUGGAGCUCCAUCAAACAAUAGGAUGAGCAUUGUUGAUGAAAUGUACCUAGCUUCACUGAUAAAUAAAGGCCAUGAAGUUUUUACAACUGGAACGACAGAUCCUACUGCUCUGUCUGCUGAAGUUGUUUUCAGAAUGGCAACUAUAGAUGGUGCUAAAACUGUGCUAUGGGACAAUGAGAUAGGAUCACUUGAAGUUGGCAAAAAGGCUGACAUUGUCAUUAUUGAUCCUUGCUCUUGGACUAUGGCUCCAAUUCAUGACUGCAUAUCUAGCCUUGUGUACAGCAUGCGAACUGAAAAUAUUAUUUCUGUUAUAUGCAAUGGAAAGUGGAUCAUGAAGGACAAGAAGAUCUUGAAUGUGGACGAGAAAGAAAUCAUUUUACAAGCAAAGAAAGCUUCAAAAGAACUUUUGGAGAGGGCUGGCAUUAGUAUUCCAACAAGAAUGAAGAUGAUCUGAUCUAUCCUUCAAGAAACUCUCUGAUCUUGCAAUAUUUAAGGGAACGGAUGAAGUAAUUUUUUUAUUUUUUUUUUAUCUGAUUGUCUGAUUUGACUAAACUUUAAUGUUAAAUGUUCAUUAAUCCAUAAGAAAAAAUAUGUAUCGAAUGAGGCCUUAUUAGAUUUGUAUUAAUGUAAAAUGUUAUUUUUAAUAUGCAAUUUUCAUAACAUGUUUCAUCAAGAAAUCAAAGAUAUUUAGCAAUGAAAAUCAACUUAAAACGAUAAUUUAGAUGUACACUU